UGUCGACAGACUUGAUAGCUAAAGGUUUUCCACUUCAAAGCUUUGCAUUGUUUUACUUUUAAUUAGUGAAAGCUUUUACUGUGUGUGACAGAGUGCAUUGUAACAAUUGUUAAAGUAAAAUGAUGCCCAUCGCGCGUAUUUAAAAAGAAAACAUACGAUACAUAUACUUUAAAGAUUAACAUGGAUUCGGUAAGCAACGGAUUAAUCUGUAAAUUUAUUUUGUUAUUAAUUUGCAUCUGUUACAUCUCUAUCGUAUCGAGUGAGAUUAAGGAUAUGAAAGAAUUGAUUUCAAAAACAGGAAUAUCUAAAGAAAAUCUGGAGCUAGGUACAAUUGCGGAGCCUAUAAGACAAAGCAAGGCUUAUAGAUCAAAAGAUUACAGUACUAGAGGAGAUAACACUGACUAUCAAGACCAUUAUAGCGAUGACACCAUGAAUCACGAUGACGAGAAUGAUCACAGUGACAUGAAAGCAAUAAGUCAACCGAAAGUUGUGGAUUAUUGGGCCGGCUAUUAUGACUUUCUAAUAAACGAAGGCAGCUAUAAAUUCUGGGCUGUUUUUCAACUCGCGACUGCGGCUUUGCUAAUUUACAGCGGCUUCGCAGCUCUCUACUAUGCCAAGGUAAAUCCACCAACCACGGAUGAUUAUUUUGAUGAUAUAUUUCGCCGGCGACGACGACGAAGAAGACGUCGUUCACUUUCGUGCGAACUCGCAGCUCCUGACAGAUCUUUCGCUGGUCUCGAUGCUACCACAUUUCAGAGGAUAAUCCAAGCUCUUGACGCUGAACAUAUCGAUUGUUUUAAUCAUUCCUUUAAUGUGAAAAGAAGAACUCAUUAGCAAAUAAAAAGUAGACAAAGAGUGAUCAAAUAAUUUCGAUAAAAUAAAUUUUCAAAAAUGCGAACUAGAAAUGAAAAUACGAACAGCUUAAGAGUAAAAUACUUUAACACGAAGAUACAUAAUCUAUCAUU